CUAAGCCUUCAAAUUCAAAAUGGCGACCUCCAAGCCAAAGGUAGAGUUUGAAAACCUACAAAGGGUUUUUUGGAUUGUAAUGUUUAGCAGCGCUACAGCUCUUUGUGCUUUGUGGUUUACUUUCCAGUAAAUGAGUCAGUGUAAUGUUAGACUGCAAUAAUUCCUUACAGAUCGAAGGAGAGGACACAAAUAUCACAUUCGAAGAUCAACAACAGAUAAACACGUUCGCACGAAAAACUGCAAGAAUGCAAGAACUUCAGGACGAAAUAGACGCGAAAAAGGUAUGCAAGAAGGCGCAGCAUAAAAAAGGGGCAGCAUUUCUUGGAAGCUUUGGAGUAAUGCUCCGUGGUUUAAGACAAUGAUUUUCACUUUUUGCAACCUUCCUAAAAGAGCCUCACAGAGCUAUUCUUGGUUUGCAACCAUAUACCUGCCAACUCUCACGCCUUAGGCGUGAGUCUCACGCCUGCGGGUUGAAAACUUCGAUCUCACGCCGGCUCACGCCUGCAGGCCAGUUUCUCACGCCUGAUUGAAAAAUGUGAGUUGUUGCCGUCUUGCUUGACACAAUUUCCAAAAAUAUGUUAACUCAGACCCAUGUAAGGAACGAAAACCAUGUGUAAAUGAAUAAAUAACAAUACCUUCCUCGCGAUCUGUGAUUUUGUGGAUAAGCGUUUUCUCAGUAACUUCGCCUUCGGCAGACUUCGGACGUCUUUGAAAGACUUCAGACUUCUUCGGAAGACUUCGGACUUCUUCGGACUUCGUCUGCAAAAAUCCCAGGACUGCCAGGAUAAAAAUCUCACGCUUAUAUCUCAGAAAAAGUUGGCAGGUAUACAACCACGUGACAAGGCGACCAUGUUGAGGGGUCAAUACAAUAGGAAUUUUUCUCGAAAAAUUUACAUCAAAAUGGAGUUUAGUUCCCAAGGGAGAGAAGUGCUUUUGUUCUUGACCGCCAACAUGGCCCCUGUGACAUCACGUGCAAACCAGUGAUAUUAAAUUUAAUUAAGCUUAAUAAUAAUAAUAAUAUUUAACACUUAUAUUGCACUUUUUCUAUAAAAAUACUCAAAAGCGCAUUAGAAUAUUAUUAAUAACUAAAUUAAAAACCAGUAAAAUUAUCCGGUAAAAUUACAAUAUUUCAAAAAAUAAAAAAAUAAAUAAAUAAUCUAACUAAAAGCCUUUUUAAAUAAAUAUGUUUUAACAGAGCGUUUAAAAGAGUCGAUUGAUGUUUCCUGUCUUAUUGGCAGAGGAAGACUGUUCCAUAAAAAGGGGGCAGCCAUCGAUAACGCGCGAUCUCCCAAAGUCUUCUUCGUUCUUAGCCGAGGUCUUUCUAAUAAUAACUUAUAUAACUAUAUUUUUGCUUCUGUCUCUGCAGAAAGAACUUCAGAAUCUUGAGGAUGCUGGUGAUGAGCUUUUGAUGCUAGAGGACGACACAGCACCAAUACCAUAUCCUUAUUUUUAAAAAAAAAAAAUACAAUGCUCGCAUGUGGGUUCUGUGGUAUCUUUGAGCCAUCGCGAGCACUCAUCGUCUGACCCUUUCUUCUGCCAUAAAGGGCAGGUAAGAGUACUCUCAUCAAGCAAGGUUUUGACUCAAGUAUGUACAAAACUCAGACUGGAUCAACUCAUUACAGUCAAACCAGGUCAAGCGUACCCCCCAAGAAUACAUUAAUGAAUUUAUUAUUCAAAAGUUGAAUCCAUUGCUAGUUGUAGAUUUCAGAUUGAUCUCUGCAUUCUUGCAUGUGUAAUGAGCUGUGAAUUCGCACGCGAGGCAGUUAUGAAAUUUCUACCAGCUCCAUUUUCCUGAAAUUGAUGUAAAUGUCUUCUAAGAAGCUUAAUCCAUUCAAAGAUUUCCAAUCUGACCAAAUACAGAGAACUUCUCGUAAAAUGUUCACUGCUCAUUAUCCAUGCACAAAUGCCGCUUUGAGUUUGACACCAGUUACGGGAACGACUAACGGAUUCAUUUUUCAAAUAAUCAAUUCAUUAAUAGAAUCUUGGGGGGUACGCUUGACUUGGUUUGACUGUAACUUUACACAUGGGGAAAACAGUGGGAACUUUUGUCUCAUAAGUAUGUAAAUGGGGUGAUCUAGUCAAAGUUUUGUUCCCACCUUUUUUGAUUGUGCAUUUCCCCUGAUCAUAAAACACACUGAAAGACCAAAGCUCAUUAUCUACCUUAUGCGGGUCUUUAAUUUUGUGUAUGUUUUUUCCUUUGCAAUUGAAAAAAAAAGAACUAACUUGUAAUAUUGCAACAACAUAUACAGAAUAUGUAUCAACAAACACAAAUUGCUUACUGGUUUUACUGGUAAGCUCAUAUUUGUAUCUUCAGUUUUGAAAUAACGUUAACUUGCAAAGACUUCACACAUUUCUUGGGCCAGUUCAUCUAAAAAUAUAAUUAAAACCCUGCGAAAAACCCUCUCAUCAAAAUUGCGUAAUUAAGUGCCAAUAAGGUAUCUAUAUUACACUUACCCUAUCCAUGCCAUUAACAUCAACCACUGUGCCGCCCUUGGGUAGGUUUUCAAAGAAGGCUGUGCUUUUAGAAAAAUUGUAGGGAGCCCAAAGCUCUGAACCAGGCUGGAAAAUUUAGGGUCCUCAGUAUAAUGAGUUUUAUGCUAAACCUUAGAUUUCCUAGUUGCCUAAGGAAAAAGGUGAGUAGAAGGCAGGGGGCUCACGGGGCUGUUCUUUUACUCUUUCCUUGCACUGGCUAAUAGUAAUAAGACUGGUAUUGCAAGACCUCUUUCCGGUAGAUUUGUCGCAAAUGUUGUCAGAGAAAAGGAAACAUGUGGGCUCAGCUUCUUACAGUUUUAUUCUGCAUUACAGCAGACAUUGCUUCUGAAUCAGGCUAAGGUCAUGCUUCUUUCAAGGGUAAUUUUGGCUACUACCACACACACUUGUGACUGAAAUUUAACAAAAUAUCACAACAACGAGCAGCUUAAAACAGUAAAGGAAUGCAAAAAUACAGGAAAGCUUAAAAAGAACAUGGACUGGUAGACUUGAAAACUAGAUGUCCACUUUUUUUAGUUUGUCUCAGUUUGUUAUUUGUAGGUGUUACUUAUAAUUCUCUAGAAUGAUCUAUUUGUCGUAUAUAGUGUCAGAGAAUGCUAUCAGUGAAAGGCAUUUCUCUAAUACUAGUCCACAGUUUAAGACUUGUAUUUGUCAAAAGUCAUAGAAAAGUACAAUGGCCAGGACUAUUUUAGUCCAUUUGCAGCUUGAAUUAAAAUUUCAGCCUAUUAGGGCUCCAAUUUUACCAACCCUCCCCCUGGCCAACCCAUUUCCUUUUUAGAGAGGACCUUUUUGCAUGGAGUUUUAAAGUCUACCAGAAAACAAUCCAGCGUGGCUGGCAGGAUUGUUACAUGCAGGGUACAUGUUCUUUUUGGGGCGGAGCUGUGAAGGAUUUUUGUUAGCAGCAAAACCCUGCCAGCUUUGCAGGCUACCAGAAAACUUUGUCUGAUUUAAUUUUGCAGAAAAGUUGUUUGCUUUCUUAACACUCCUUACUUAUAGAAUAGGGGAGGUGUUCAUUCAUCUGUCUUCAGAGGAAACUCAGGAGUACCUGGAGAGUGCAAAAUCCAAGUUACAGGAAGAAGUCAAAUUACUGGAGUCACAGUCUGGAGAAGUCAAAGCUCUUUUAGGAGAUUUGAAAGUGAAACUUUAUGCCAAGUUUGGGAAUAACAUAAAUUUAGAGGCAGAGGAAGAAUGAAAGAAAUCCAAUAUAGUUGCUAGCCGUUUAGUGGCUG